AUUUGGAGCAUUUGGAUGCGUAUAACAAACAAAUAACAGAAAUGAAUUUCGAUGACCUCGUGGAAGAAAUGGAUUCCGAAGUGGAAUGCUAACAAACGUUGAGCCCCAUAGAAAUGCAGAACCGUCACAAAUUGUAGUACCGUCACCAUCGUCUGGCGGCCAUGCAGAUAUAAUCCAGAAGCUGGAUGCCAUUGAGACCCGUCUCACUGCCAUUGAAAAGUCCCUAACAGACAAAAUGCCAGAAAAGGCCGAGGUGCAGGCACAAAGUAAAAUAUUGCGCGAAUGCCGCGUCAUAGCGGCAAAGGCGCACCAUUCAAUUAGCCGCAUCGCCGGUGACUUGGAGGACGAGCAUUACGUGGAGCUCGCUUCGAAACUGCGCAUGUCAUCGAAAGAGCACAUGAGCUUCGUGGAAGACAAACUUUCACAAAAGGAAAGCGAGGAUGCUAUGAUGCGGCUAAUAUUGAAGUCAAAGGGCGCAAAAGGCAGUGUGGACGACGUACUGCGUGGUAUGUUUUCUGACGAUGUAAUGUACGACUACAAUUUAGAGGGGCGCAAGGAGAAGGAAUCCCUACUAAAGCUAAAGUGCGUAGGGUUAGUUUUUGAUAUAUUUCCUGACAAGGAUAAAAGCACUAUCUGUGGGGAUCACCGGAAAUCUGUGGCCUUAAGCCACAAUCGUUUUAAGCAAAAAAAGCAUAAGCUUAAGGCAAAAUUAAUAUAAGUUUUCUUAUUAUUACUUACAUAUAUUAGUUUUAAGUUGUAAAUAUUAGUUUCAAGUUGCUCAUAUUAGUUCUAAUUUGUAAGUUGAAGUUUCUA